UUCAAAACGCUAACAUUUCUCGACUGCGCUGCUCGUGUCCGUUCCGUUAAAUAUAAUUCCAAAAAACUGAUCGCCGGCUUUAAAAUAUCAGGAUGUGACAGCUUUACUUGUAACAAGAAUACCAGCGGAAAAAUAUGGAAUUUUUUACACGGCUUCGCCGCCUUUGAGCUCUUGGCGUCUGCGCUUUUCGACGCACGUUAAUUAAUUCCUUGUUUAUUGCGAAUUUUGUUGGCGUUAUUUUGCGCAGAAUCUGUGAUCUGUGGCAUUCGCAGCAGUGCAAGUGCUUUUAGCCCAAUGCAAUUGACACCGGGAAAAUCCGCCUUUUCCGAGGCUUUUGCGGUGCCAAAAUAAUUCGCAAAACCAGCAACGGGCAAACGGCAACGCAACGCGUCUUUUUGGCUCUCCAAAAAGGGCAGGAAAACUCGGGCCAAUAAAAGAUACAUACAAGAAAAAUAAGCGAGUGCGCGAAAGCCGUGCGUGAGCUCUGCGAGUACUGUGGUGUGUGUGAGUGUGAUCGCGCGCGGGAGGGGGGAGUAGUUGUUAAACAAACAAAUAAAACUAGUGUGAAGAAUAAUUUGCGCUGUUUAAACAAUUAGCCGCAACACAAGCGCGCGAGUGUGUGUGCGUGUGUGUAUCCCUGGAAUGCGCAUGCGCAAAUAUUUGUGAUUUGUUUUGAAAGAGGAGAAGGAUCGAGCGAGACGAGCCGAGAAGGAGGUUCGGAUUGGAAUAAAAAACACACAUACACAUCUCCUGGCAUUCGCAAAAGUGACUUGACAAUAUGGCGCUGAGGUCGUAGACUCCGACCGAGUAGAUUAAGGCGAGGGCCGACGACGACGACGGGGCAGGAAAACACCGAAACGACACCGAAGGCAAACAAGGAACCAACACAAAAAUGUCCGGCAAUCAACAACAGCAGCAGCAGCAACAACAACAACUACAGCAAGCACAGCAAAAGUCAUUAACCAACACGGCAGCAACAUCAGCAACUACAAACGGAGCAAGCACUUUAAACAAUAAUUUGAUAAAAAUAAAUAGCGUUGACAAAAUAAUAGGCAAAGCCCAGGCAGCGGCGCAGGCAAUUAACAAACAUCAGCAGCAGCAGCAACAUAUCCAUCAGAGACGCUCAUUGUUACCAGGAACGACAACAACAUCAGCAGCGGCAGCUCCAACUCCGCACCAGCAACACUCAACGCAGCAACAAAGCGGAACGCCAACGCCGGCGGCGCAGUCGCCAGCCCAAAAACAGCAGCAGCAGCAAUCACACCAAUUGCAGACCGUGGCCACAAUACACCAGCAGCACUCAACGCAGCAGCAGCAGCAUCAUCAUCAGGCAUUGACUUCCCGCCUGCCCAUCCAACAGCAAUCGGCUAAAGAAUUGCCUAAUCUUGCUAGCCAGCAGCAGCAGCAGCAACAGCCACCGCAGCAACGUCGCAGCUUCUACCAGUUGCAACAGCAGCAGCAAACUCUGCGCAGCCCGCAGCUAAAGACACCGGCUCCCGCCCACUCUAUACCGCCGAGGUAUCAGCCACCCCCGCAGCCAGGAACAGGGAUCUUAAAGCCCCACUUGCCCAUCAAGUAUCCGCCGGAUAUACCACAGCUAUCGAGCAUCUACAUACCCGACUCCAUCAAGCAGCAGCAGCAUUCUCGCUAUCUGCAACACCAGACGGGAGCGAAGGGCGGACAGGGACAGGCACAGGAUAUGCUGAAGUUUGUGCGCAAGCCCGACCAGGAGCAUCCAUCGCCCAAUGCCUCGGUCACGUCCAGCGGCACGGGAAUACCCUCGACCAACGGCGGUGGCCGGUUGACCGCCGAACAGAACCGUCAACUGCAGUCGCUGGUCAAUGAGUUGCGGGCACUGAAGGAGCAGAACCAGCGUCUGCUGGACGACAACCAGGAGUUGAGGGAUCUGUGCUGUUUCCUCGACGACGAUCGGCAAAAGGGCCGUAAGCUGGCCAGGGAGUGGCAGCGAUUCGGGCGGUACACGGCCAGUGUGAUGCGUCAGGAGGUGGCUGCCUAUCAGAACAAACUACGUCAGCUGGAUGAUAAGCAGCAGGAGCUAAUCACCGAUAAUUUGGAGCUCAAGGAGCUCUGCCUGUAUUUGGACGAGGAACGAGCUCAUGUGGCAGCCAACGCGCUAUGCGCUGGAUGCGGUGCCGCCACCAGAAACGCGCUGCGCGAUGAUGGCGAUGGCUCUAGCUCCAGUACCAAUGCCGACGAGACCAUUACCGCGUUACGGAACUAUGCAGAGCAGCGGCAACUGCCACAGGAUCUACGUCAUGCCCACACGCUGAACGAUCAGACGCUUCAGUACGUGCGCUCGUUGGAGCGGCGAAUCCAGCAGCUGGAAGAAGAACGCACCACGCCAACGGCCCAUCUGCAGACGACAACGGCGACGACGACGCCCACGCCACAGAAUACGCCCACGCCGAUGGGCACGUCUGCAGCAACGCCAACACCAACAGCACCAGCCAAAUCAGCACCCUCGCCGCACCACCACCAGCAGCAGCCACAGCAUCAGCAUCCGCAACAGACCCAGCAGCAACAGCAGGACAUUGUGGCCGCUGCAGCGGCAGCAGCUGCGGCUAUCCAACUGCCAGAACCGAUUGCCGGACGCCCGGAAGCCGUAGUGCGUGCCCUGCAGGUCCUCGAGGUACGGGAACAGCUGGAACGCGAUCGUCUGGGCAACUUGGCCGGCAGUGCCCUCGACCAGAUGGAUGAUGGGGAGAAGGCGCUGGUGCGGGAGAUGUGCAACGUGGUGUGGCGCAAGCUAGAGGGCAGUCCCCACGGACCAGCGGCACUGGAGCCGCUCUAAGCGAACGAGCAAAUAUAUAGAGAUGCAACCUAAACCGGGCUAACACCUAGACUCUAAUGUUUAAUGCUAACUUAUGCCGUAAUAUUUAACCCUAAACAUUGUACAAAGCUCAAACCACAACCUAAGCUUAAGCUAAAGCUACCAGCAACAAGGCGCAAGAAUACUCAAAUAAUAUUUGGCAUGCUCCAGCAACUGAUUUAUAUGGGAAAAGAAGGCGAUUAUUUUAUUUAGAAAACAUCCUUAAACACCUAACCUAUUUGAAUUUAACUACGCCCCUUUAUACAUAUUUGUAUGUUGCAAUUCAGCUUCCAAGUCGAGCUUUAACUGGUCUUAAAGCUGUACGAUUUGGAUGCGAAUCGAUAGCAGUAGCCCGAUGACUCCACGAAAAUCAAAUAAUCAACGCAAUUGUUGUUUAUUUUCGAUUUGGAUCGUAUUUUUUUUUUAUUGGAUGAUCACUCUUUUUAAUUAGUUUGUAGCUCUACGGAUCAGUUGAUGGGGUAUACUCAUCAUUAUUUUAUUUUACCUAUUAUAAACUUUGACUGUUAUUUUUGAAUAUGCCAAGAGGUCAACAACUUUCAAUGAAAAAUUUGCUAACUCGAAAUAUACAAUGCAACAAAUAUUUCCAAAAACUCAUUAAAGAUGCU